AGCAGUAUGCUACUCUGGUUUGUGUAUCAUCACGGGAAUUAACAACACGGAGGCUAGCUAGCUGUCUACACAGCAGUUUAAACAGCUGAAAUGAGUUUCCUGGGUGGUUUAUUUGGUCCUGUGUGUGAAAUUGACGUCCUACUCAAUGAUGCAGAGACUAGGAAGACCGCAGAACUCAAGACAGAGGAUGGAAAAGUGGAUAAGAACUACCUGUUUUAUGAUGGAGAAUCUGUCUCUGGGAAGGUGAAUCUCAAUGUGAGGCAGACAGGCAAGAGACUAGAACACCAAGGGAUUCGAAUUGAGUUUGUUGGGCAGAUUGAGCUCUUCAAUGAUAAAAGCAACACACAUGAAUUUGUGAACCUGGUGAAGGAGCUUGCCUUGCCAGGGGAGUUGACCCAGAACCGAAGCUACGACUUUGAGUUCAUACAGGUGGAGAAGCCCUAUGAGUCUUACGUUGGAACCAACGUCCGACUCAGAUAUUUCCUCAAAGUGACAGUAGUGAGGAGACUGUCUGAUCUGGUGAAAGAGUAUGACCUCAUUGUCCAUCAGCUGGCCACUUACCCUGAUGUGAACAAUUCCAUUAAGAUGGAAGUUGGCAUUGAAGACUGUCUGCACAUAGAGUUUGAAUACAACAAGUCCAAAUACCACUUGAAAGAUGUAAUUGUGGGUAAAAUCUAUUUCCUUCUGGUGAGAAUCAAAAUCCAGCACAUGGAACUUCAGUUGAUCAAGAAGGAGAUGACUGGAAUAGGGCCUAGCACAACUACAGAGACGGACACUGUUGCCAAGUAUGAGAUAAUGGACGGCGCCCCUGUGAAAGGAGAGUCCAUUCCCAUCCGUCUGUUUUUGGCUGGCUACGACCUGACAGCCACCAUGAGGGACGUCAACAAGAAGUUCUCUGUGCGGUACUUCCUCAACCUGGUGCUGGUGGAUGAGGAGGACAGGAGAUACUUCAAACAGCAGGAAGUCGUUCUCUGGAGGAAAGCUCCUGAGAAAAUAAAGAAACGGAACUUCCACCAACGCUACGAGUCGCCAGAGCCACGGCUGACCCUUACUGCUGAGCAGCAACCCGAAAUGUGAAGACCAUCGGAGUGAAACGGAAAACGUUGAGACUGCUCCUGAUUAUGCUUAAAGCAAACAAAAAGAGAGAGGGGGUGCAACUUGACACGCAAGGAGAAAAUGAAGAGUCAGCCAUUUUAAUACAUCUACCUUCUGCAAUGUGACAGUUAGCGUACUGUAUGGACCCGUCUCUUUGACACACAAUAGAUAGCACUGGAACGGGAGCUACCAUCAACCUAACCUCCCUGUAAAAGAGGCACUUGGUUUGGCUCAACACUGGAGACCUGGCAUACAAUCAUUCACUACUAGAUAUUUCAAAGGACGUUCCAGUGCAUGUAGGCAGGUCAAAGUGAAUGUGAUGGGUUAGUAUCAUGUCAACGCUGGCUGUCAGGGUCAGUUUCUAAAGUCAAGCUGUAAGACAAUAGGCAUUAUUUGAGCUCAAAUAGUGCCAUGUUUAUAAUUCACUGAAAGACGUAAAAUAUUUCUAUCUCCUAAGUUAUUUAGUGUAGCUGGAACCUGUAGUUUCAUUCUCUUUUUUUCAUUUAACUUUUUCUUGUAUUUUGCGCUUUUUUUCUUCAAAUAGAAAUAUAUUAUAUAUGAAUAAAUGGUUUUGCUAGUGGAUUGAGGCACCACAAAAUGCUGUUUAAAUAAAAAUGUCAAUGUGUUGUUUUCAUCAUCAGUAGUUAGGUCCUACAUGUAUAUCUGUAUGUCAUGCUUGAUGAUGGUUCUGAGAAUGGUUACUUACAUUACAUUUUUUGGGAGAUUUAUGGAAAUACCACUUUAGGAUAAAUAUUUAUGCUCAGAUGGGGCUGUGCUACAUCUGAACACUAUACAGGCAAUAUCUAUGUUAAGUGCCUGAAAGGUCAUGAAGAAACUGUUAUGCCAAAUACUGCCCUGACCCACAACUGCAUGUUCAAUUUUAUACUGGGUCCAAUAUGUAACAGACUUGUGUUGACGUUGAACAUUUUUAUGUAUCCAGCCUCAGUCUAUAUCCAUCCAUCAUCAAUUAAAGGAAAUGCGAAUUUAGA